AUGCAGCAGCUUCUCCCUGCCCUGCUGCUCCUCAUCCUAACUCAUCUCCCGGUGGCCAUCAAAGACCUCGUUGCAUUCGAUGUAAAAGACUAUGGAGCUGCGGGUGAUGGCAUCACGGACGACACACAGGCAUUUGCAGAUGCGUGGGAAGCUACAUGCAGGAAGGCUACAGGUCUUCCCAUCAUGUUCAUCCCUGGGAAGAAUAAGUUCUUAGUGAGCCCCAUCAUAUUUAAGGGGCCAUGCAAGGCCUCCAAUGUCCUGGUUCAGGUUGAAGGAACACUUGUGGCACCUGACAGCCCGAGCACGUGGAACUUCACCGACGCCUCCCUCUGGAUUCAGUUCAAGUCCGUCGAUGGGCUGAGACUCACCAGUUCUGGCUUUGGUCUGUUUGACGGCCGAGGAUCCAACUGGUGGAGGCAAUCUUGCAAACUCGAUCCCAGAAAGGGAUGCACUUCUUUGGCGCCAACUGCAGUAAAAUUUGUGCAGUGCAAUGACCUUGCAGUGAGCAGUCUGCGGUUCAUAAACAGCCCACAGACACAUAUUUUGAUAAUAGACAGUAACAGGGUUUACGUCACUAACCUUAACAUCACAGCUCCUGGGACGAGUCCCAAUACUGAUGGCAUCCACAUCCAUGCUUCCCGACAUGUUUAUAUCCAAGACACCAUCAUAGGAACAGGUGAUGACUGCAUUUCAAUCGGGGAUCGUACUAGUGACAUAGUUGUAACACGAAUAACAUGUGGUCCGGGACAUGGAAUAAGUGUAGGAAGCUUAGGCAGGGGAGGCUCAAAUGUUUCAGUCGAAAGGAUUCAAGUAUCUUAUGUGAACUUUUUUAACACAACCAAUGGUGCUAGGAUCAAAACUUGGCAGGGAGCCACAGGUUAUGCAAAAUCAAUGUCAUUCGAGAAAAUCAAAUUCAACAAUGUACAAAAUCCUAUCAUAAUUGAUCAAAACUAUGGUGCUAAAGCCAACAAUUAUACCAUUCAGCAAAAUGCAGUGCAGAUUAGCAAUGUGAGAUAUGCCUACUGUGCUGGAACUGCAAAGACAGAUAUUGCUAUCAACUUAAACUGCAGCCAGACUGUCCCUUGCACUGACAUCCAAUUCGACAAUGUUAACAUACCAGUGACAUCUCGGGGAGAUACCACAAGGGCUUACUGCAACAAUGCCCAUGUUACCACAUCUGGAUACAUCAAUCCCCCAGUUAUGCCCUGUUUUCCCCUGAAGCAAUCAGUUGAUAAUAUCAUCUCUUAG